AUGGCGACUGUGAAUCUAAAGGAAGGCGCGCAGACAGUCGGAAGAUGGCUUUUGACACUCCGACCGGCAUUUUUGUCGCCCAAUCCACACUUCAACUUCAUUACAGUACAUUAUUUUCUCAUCAUUGGCAUGUCCCUUCUCGCGUCAGUCCUCAUUUACGGUGGAGGUAAAGGCGAUUUGCCUUACAUCGAUUCCUUGUUUUUCGCUAGCGGUUCCAACACUCAGGCCGGCUUGAACACGGUCGAUGUGAACCUCUUGAAUACCUUCCAACAAAUCGUCAUCUUUCUUUCAUGCAUGGUCACCAAUCCUAUUUCGAUCAAUUCUGCUGUUGUAUUCCUGCGUCUAUACUGGUUUGAGAAACGCUUCCAAGGAAUCGUUAAGGACGCGAGAUCAAGACGGGCGACCAUCACCAAAACUCGGUCCAAAGCGAAGAACAAUACCACUGAUCUUGAACGUGGAGUGGGUGGCAGGGACAUCAGGGUCAUGCAUGGCACUGCAAAGGCUUCUCGAAUGACAAACGAUGGAAUCUUGCUUGACGACUAUGAGAUGAACGGUACGAACAAGCCAUACCCAGGAUUAGAACAACUAGACUCUCACACACAAGGCCCUCCUACAUCACCUAGAGCCAUAAAGUUCUCUGACAAGGUUAAGAGGAGUGAUGUUGUUCACCAUGAUGAGGAUGCGGUGCCGAUCCCUGGCCAGCGGACAGAAGCCGAACAUAUCGCGAUCCUGCAAAGGCAGCGAAACGAAGAACGGGGUACGCUUCGCAUCCCAGGGCCUAGAGACGCCGAAAGGGGCGUUUUGCCGGAGGAGCUCGAUGACGACCAGUUCGACGAAGACUACAUCAGCCCAACAGACCAAAUACCGCAUAUUAAUCGCAUCACAUCCUCGCAGUGUGACUCCUCGGACCCGACACGUGUCUCUUCGAACCCUGACGGGCAGAAGACCAUCACAAUUGCAGAGCCGCAAAAUCAUCCCAAGAGGGCCGAAUUGCACGAUGACUUUGAAGCGGCUACCAAGACCAUGUCUGCGCUGAAAUUUCGGAGACCUAGACGCAAUUCUGAAAGAUUACAUCACACGGCUACCAACGAUUCUUCACAUGUCAAUCCCUUGAGGCGCAUCAGGACCGCGUUGUCUCACGGCAAGCACACAGAUCCCAUGCCUUACCUCAGCUGGCAGCCGACUUUGGGUCGCAACUCGGAGUUCUUGGACUUGACUGAAGAGCAGAGAGAGGAACUUGGUGGUAUUGAGUAUCGGUCACUGAAAACCUUGGCAGUGAUCACAACCUGCUAUUUCUUUGGAUUUUGGAUAUUUGGCGUUCUUUGCCUUCUACCUUGGAUCCUGGUCAACAAUGAUUAUUAUGGCUCGUUUGUCGACAACGCGAGCCAGAGCAGAGUUUGGUGGGGGUUCUUCACCUCAAACUCGGCUUUCAUGGAUCUUGGCUUCACUUUGACGUCUGACAGCAUGAAUUCAUUCAACACCGCAAUCUGGCCACUGUUGUCUAUGUCGUUUCUCAUCAUAAUUGGCAACACCGGCUUCCCCAUCAUGUUACGAUUCUGCAUCUGGGUCACUUCGCUUUUCGUCUCUCGAGGUUCAGGGUUGUGGGAAGAACUUCGCUUCUUGCUAGAUCAUCCUAGGCGGUGCUUCACCCUGCUCUUCCCUUCGACAGCCACUUGGUGGCUUUUCCUCAUACUCGUGGUUCUCAAUGGGCUUGAUUUGAUAUUGUUCAUCAUUCUGGACUUGGGGACCGGCGCGGUUGCUGAACUACCCCUCAACAUCAGAUUCCUAGACGGCUGGUUUCAAGCUGCGUCGACAAGAACUGCUGGGUUCUCUGUGAUUAACCUAUCAGCCAUCCAUCCCGCGGUCCAGACAUCAUAUCUCAUCAUGAUGUAUAUAUCUGUGUUCCCCAUCGCUAUUUCGGUUCGCCGUACAAACGUCUACGAAGAGAAGUCGCUCGGUCUUUAUGGCUCGACACAGGAGAACGAGGAGCGUAACGAGAACGGAUUCUCCUAUGUUGGAGCCCAUUUGCGCCGUCAGCUCUCUUUCGAUUUGUGGUAUAUCUUUAUAGGCUACUUCAUCAUCACAAUUUCCGAAGGGCCGCGCCUUAUGUCCGGCGACAUCUCUAUGUUCGCAGUAUUGUUCGAGAUUGUCAGUGCCUAUGGUACCGUGGGGCUCAGUCUUGGUUACACAGGGAUCAAUGCGUCAUUGUGCUCACAGUUCUCUGUCGUGGGUAAGCUUGUGAUCAUUGCUAUGAUGAUUCGCGGACGGCAUCGUGGUCUACCAUAUGGUCUGGAUCGAGCUAUUCUCCUACCUAGUGAGUCUCUCAACCGUAAGGAGGUCGAGGAAGCCGAGGCAAGACUGCAACGUCGACAAUCCGCCGUGUCGCUUGGACCACGUGCGAUGAGCUUGGCUCGAGGGCGUAGCCGCAGUGUUGAGCGCCGGAACGUCUUGACUUCGUUCCUUCAUCCCGGUCCAACAUACCCUGCCAAUUCAAUAUCUAAUAACGAGGACGUUACGCUGGUACGGCGAAGCUCCUCAACGGCUGCGAAAGUCCCGCGCGCGCCCUCGAGCGAGUGCUUUCAAUGA